AUGAUUUGGGAUGUGCAGAAUAAGCGGCACUCCUCUUUGCAAUUUAGGAAAGUGGGUCUGGAGUAAAGGUCACAUUUCAUAGUUCAGAAUAAGAACAGGGCUGCCGGACACUUAAACUACUUUUGAUCUAGUUUGAUGUUCUGAUGACAUCUGGAAUGUGCGGACUUGUUGUUAAUAUGUGCUAGCCUAGUAUCUUAAACUGAAAAGCACAUCUUCAUGUAAUAAAAGCACGGAGUAAAAUCUGUUGUUGAAAGAUGGCCCGUGUAGUUUAUAAUGUAGAUUUACCUGUAUUCUUAAAACUAGUAGCAGGCUACACAAAGGGGGUGAUGAUCAAGUGGAGAUCAAUACAAAAAAUUGUCAGAUAAGGAAUUUACAUUGACCUUAAAAUGUAAAACAUUUGUUUUCAAUAGAUAUUCUUUAGGAGAUGCCAUGAAUAUAUCAGAAGAUCAGAAGCGAUGGGUAGUUGUUGGGAUUGCUUUCAACAAGCUGGUGCCUCAUAUUCGACCAUUUGUAGAACAGUCUUUACAGGCAGAGUACCAGAGCUUGAAGUCCAGCCAUAACAUUCACGUCCAAACUCCACCUGGGAUUCUCAAGAAUCAUCCCAAACGUCUAAAAUAUGAAAACAUCAAUAGUAACAUCAGUCACAAACUCUCUCCUUUGAAGUUUGACUUUUCGAAAUUUGACUAUAAGGUAUCAAGUCAUGUUGACUUUGCCAAGCUCUACCUUCAACCAUUCAUGGCCAAGUUCAGUGCAUUUGAUGGAAAGUGUGAUGGGUCUGCUGUUCUUUCACUGCUUGUUGAAGUACCUGUUUUUUCGAAUGCAACACAGUCCUCAGCUAAGACUGUAAGAGAGGAUGUAAGAAAUGAAUGGGCUCACUGUAACUUUACAGACUGGGACGCAGUCAAGUUCCAAGGUUGUUUUCAGGAAAUGCGAGAGCUUGUCCAUUCUUUCGGUCUUCCUACAGCAGAUGAAACCACACUAUUAUCCGAGCUAAAUGACUGGGAAACGAAAGGUAUUUUUUUCAAAUUAUGUUACCUUAAUUUGUGUUUAUCCUAGUACUGUAGAGCGUACUGGUUAGCCGUUUUUGGAGGAGGAAUCUCAUCAAUUUUUUAGGGGGGGAGGACAUAAGUGCUGAUGAUAUCAUACUUUGCAGUGCCCUGAGGCCAGGCCCCCUCCCCGCUUAUCUGAAGGCCUGGAUCCGCCCCUGCGUUGCGCGCCAUUUGUAGGUGAUUUUCCGGUUUAACAGGUAUUAGAUGGAUGAUGUCAUAGUUUAUUUAAAGUUGUGUGCGUAAGGUCAUUAUUAGGGUAUGAAAAUGUCAUAGAUUUUUAUUCUUUUUUAUGAUGUGUUUUCAUUAAUAGACUAAAAAUCAAUUUUAUUGAAGUAUUUCUGUGAUUAUAAACAGUUGAUUGCAAAGGAAUUAUGCAAGUUUUAUCUCAUGCUGCUGUCAUUGUCGUAUAUUCAUCAUCAGACGAUUGUCCAAGUUCUGGUCCACUUAUUCUUGUUUUUCUUGCCACUCUUGGUGCGCUAAUUGUGCAUAGUAGAGAAGGCACUAACAAACCAAUUCAAACUGGUUAAUUCACCUAACAAAAAUACCCGACCUUAUUCCCCACAUUGUUUUCAUGCGAUAAGAUCAGUGUCCCCCCCCCCCCCAUAUCAAUGUGAUUCCCCCUCAAAAAAAGCCCCAACGAGUACGUCCUGUGCUAGCAAUUCUGAGUGCGUCCUUGCGUUAUGCAUCGAGGAACCUGUUGAAAAAGACAUUUUGUCAUCUGAAAGAAUUAUAUAAUUAUCCUGGGGAUUACCGGUCGCUUCGCCCACGCCCUUCUUGCUAACGUCUUAAGUCGUUUCGUUAACGUUUUAGGUCAGUUACCUUACUCCUUUCGCGAGAACGAGGUGUAUACACAUGCGCAUCGGACGUGGUGUCAUAAUUGAAGGAUGCAUUCAUGUGUAGUGCUUGUUUCUUUUGGUAAGCAAAACGAUUUAAGACGUUACCGAACGGGACGUUGGCGAAACGACGUGUUUUCGAGAUGACCAGGAGUCACCGUACUGAGAUUGAAAAAAGGCCGUUACACAUAGGCUUUAGCAGAACUGUUGAGUUCUGUUAAGAUCUAAGGAGAAACUGUUUUGUAGACAUCUAUAGUGGGCCGUAAAAAAACACAAACGAAGAAUUUCGAUAUUACAGUACUGUAAACUCAUGAUCUGGAGAAGUAGUCAUAAGUAGUAAAUCUACGGCCAACUAGUCAACGCAUAUGUCACGUGCACCCAAUGCGAAUAUAGUUCAAAACCACUUAAACAUAUCAUUGAUGAACGUACUUUCGUAUUUAAACGGUAAAUAGGCAUAUUUUUAUGAGCUAAAAAUUUUUCAUCUGUUCGGAUUUCCUAGCUGAAAGUCUAGUGAUCCGAAAAUUAUAGGGAUCAAAACUUACCUUUUCGAGAAUUUCAGCCAGAAAAAAGGCUCCCGAAAAUUCUAGUUGAUCUUUUUGGGGUAAAAAUCCGUUAAAAAUGGGCAAUUAUACCAUUGUUUAUAUGUUGGAAAAUCCUAGGAGAGGCAGGCAAGCAAGAAAUUGUACAACAAAUGUUCCGAAAAUUCUAGAUCUCAAAUCGUCUUCCUAACAGAUAUUUUCCGAAAAUUGACGUUGGGUGCCCCUGAUAUGUCUGAGUUUAAUGAAUCGUGAUUUUAAGUGACUUUAAAGUCACGCCCUGAACCUGAACGCUACUUGGGUUUUCAAGGAUGCUAUUUCGUAUUUUUUUUAUUGCAAGUUUUUAAGUUACGUUAAAUCAGGUAUUCUUUUUCAAUGCGUGUAUAAAUAUACACAAUGUAGUCGCCAGCCGACAAUUUGCCGUCGCGAUUUUUAGGAAGUGCUCUAUGCUACCUUUUCUUUCUGCAUCACAUUCCUACUGUAUCAAAUAGAAGUCUAGGCGAAGGUGCUUUUGAUAUUUUAAUAGCCCAGAGCGGGCAGACUAGUCCAUAAGUUGCAAAUACCAUUAUCAAGAAUCAAGAGAUUGCGGGUGAGCAAAAUUAAGACACCUCGGGAAAAACAUUUAGUGAAUCAGAUUUAUACAUGGCCGCACAGAGAUACGAAAUUUCUCUUAACACGAGAAGAGAAAAUUCGUAUCUCCAAGCGGCCACGAAAUGUUCUUUUAUGUGAACACUAAUGAAACACCAAACAAUUUGACAUAAUUAUUUUUUUUCUAAGAAAGGUGCGAUUUGUUAUGCAAUCAAAGAAUCGUUUAUCUUUUGACGUAGGAGGACAUCAUGUUUUCGUGCGAACACUCACCUGGUGAGUGGAGCACACAGUUAAUCAAAGUCGUUUUCCCUUCUGCAGAAACUUCACAUUUGUCAUGAACGUCUAUAUUUAUGAUAACGUCAUUGAGGUCUUUGAGUUGUUCUGUUGACAGGCACUGCGUUCUGUGGUAACUGCCCUGUAGACCCUACCCUGUUGAGCUUGGUACACAAUGGAGUGUUGCAGCUUUCCUUCAGUUUGGAAGAUUUUGUUUGCCAGUUUAAGGAACAGUACGAUUCACUAAAAUCGCAGGUCUUUGAAGUAAAGCAAAAUCUCGAAGAGCUACUGGAACUUCCCCAGAAAUUUCAACAAAUGGAGCAUGAGAUGAAAACCUUGAAGCAACAAAUGGCAGAUUUAAGUUGCAGUGCUAUGAAACGUCAACAGAGUGUCAACCCUCCAUCGUUCUUUGGUGCGCUAGAGAGAAAUGGAUAUUUUACAGGCCGAAAAAAGGAGCUAGAAUCAUUGGACAAUGCUUUUCAAGACGUCACCACCACAGAAGAUGUUCUAAAAGGGUGUAAAAAGAGGACUAAAGUUCAUGGUAUUUGCGGGCUUGGGGGCUGCGGGAAGUCAUCUCUUGCCUUCGAAUAUGCUUGGCGCAACCUGGAACGUUACUCCGGAGGCGUUUACGUUGUAAAUGGAGAAAGUGACGAACUGUUGCGAUCAUCUGUUCAAGGAAUCCAUGGACAAUUCGUGUACAAGUCUCAGCCCAACAGGCACGAAGAAGCAAAACAGUUUGAUCAGCUAAUGACGGAAACUCUCUCGUGGCUUGGUAGUCUAAGGCACAAGUGGCUUUUGCUUGUAGAUAACAUGGAUCAAAAGAAACUUAGCUCCUACACACGAAAAAUGUUUUUGGGCCAGUGGAAAAAUAAAACUUUAGGGGACAUUCUUGUGACUUCUCGUAGAAGUCCUCAAACGUUGUGUAAGGACCUAGAUCUUCGUCCUGAAAACUGUCUUGAGCUGGAUGCUUUUUCUGUCGACGAAUCUUUUGAAUUCCUAAAGAAACGCACCGAAUUAGCAUACGCUUUUCAAAAUCAAGAGGAAGGAGUAAAAGAACUUGCCCAGGAGCUUGGUGGAUUACCGUUGGCCUUAGAACAAGCUGCUGCUUACAUCAGUGAGUUAAAGUGCUCGGCUCAGUCGUACCUUGAGCAGUAUCGUGAACAAAAGUCGAUUCUUUUGAAUAGGGAAAUCGCCAAACCAUGCUCAGAGGUCUACAGUGAGGCACGCCUGGCAGUACAAACUACAUGGCGUCUGAAUUUCAGUUAUAUAGAAAAUGACGAAAACGAUGAAGGACUUGGAAAGGCCGCUUCUUUCUUCAUGAAAAUUGCCACAUAUCUGUCCCCAGAUGAGAUACCCAUCGAGAUUUUGAACGUGGGCGCCCCAGAGAUUGACCAUAAGUACCUGAAGGAUCGCUUGAAAAUGCCAAUCGGUGCAGAACAAAUUGUCGAUUUGUUGCUUAGGUUUUCACUCUUCAAACGCAAGUCAGAUGAUAGCUUGAGCAUCCAUCGACUUGUUCAAGAGACAUUGAAAGAGCGUUAUAGUAAAGAAGGCGAAACUGAAAAAGCUUUUUGUUCUGCCAUAAGAAUGUUGCACCAUGCAUUUGUCGACUGUGUUGGAGGAACAGACUUCCUUUACGAAUGGCAAUUGAGGCAGGAUUAUCUGAAACAUGAUACAGUGAGUCGCAAAGACAAGGUCCGUCAGCGUUUCGAAAGUUUCGGCGAGGCCAAACUGGAGAGUCGACGGUGGAAAGUGCUCUCUGUGAAUGCUUUUCACCUCCUUUUUCAUCUCUUGAAAAACUCAUGCUUGAAGCCUGAUUACCUAUUCUGUGAGGAGACUGCCAGGAUAUUUUGCGAAACAGCCUUCUAUUGCUAUUCUUUGGGAAUAAACAGUGAAGGAUACCGCUUACAGCAAUAUGUGUUCGACAUUUUGUGCGCAGUGAAAAAGUCCAUUUGUUUUUACAAAGGCGACGAACUAAUGAAAGUAACAAGAGUUCUAAUUCCCAUCGAUGACCCUAACGUUGUUGUAGCAAAGUUAAUAGUUCCGUCAGAAGAAACGAUUGAAAAUGCCAUUAGUCGAACAGAUGUCAAGACAGGCACCACUCAAACUGACGAAUUGUUAGAAGGGAUCGAAAUGAUAGAACCAAAGGCGAGAGAAGCUUUCUCCAGGGGCGAUUAUCAAGCCUCGUCUGAUCUGUACACUGAGAUUAUUAACCUACCAAUUGCAGUAAAUCAACCUGGCGCUCGUCCUCUUGGAACAAUUUUUUGUAACCGUGGUAUUGCGAAUAUGCAAUUGAAAGACAUUGAGACAGCUUUAGACGACUUCAAUGCUUCUAUUUACGUAGACACUGAGCUUUAUCGUGGGUACUACUGGAAGGCAUACGCACUUUGUAAACUCGUUGAAACUGGUAGAACCGAGUUCACCAGCAGAGCUCAAGCUGCAGCAGCAGUACUUCAUUACAAGUUUGCAGGUUCUAAAACAGGUGAUAUUCGAAAACUGCAACAUAAAUUUCAGAACGUUUCUGGAUUGCUUGAUAGAAUCAACUACAGUUUUGUCACCGAUGUUAACCAGCUCAAGGAACUAGAGAGUCAGCUCUCUGAACAACGAGAUUCAAAUGGUUCAUUUACAGUCAUCCUAUCCGAAGGGAAAUUCGAUUUGAAUAAGAUUGUUUUAUCGGACGGAUGUUAUUAUUUUGUCUGUCUUCCUGGAAGUUCCGCUGUGCUUAGUUUCAGCGAAGGUUUGUUUUUGUCAGGGGCGUCUUUUCUAUUUGAAAAUGUUCAUUUUGAGAAUUCUUUGCCAUCAGCAAACCGCGAUCAACCGUUGUCGUCUGAAGCGGCCGGUAGUACUGCAGAGAGAGAAAAGCUACUUUCAAUAACGUUAGGAAAAUCACACCUGAUUAAGAAGGAAGUGACCGCCGACAGUGAACGCGAACUUUAUGCUCUGAUAAAGGCUAAUGACGUUAAAUCAUUGGUCAUGGAUCACUGUUCUGUCCGUUUUUCAAAUGGUGCAGGGUUAUUGGUGGAGGCACAUCACCGUCAGCAAGUAAUUGUUUCAGUGAGGUCUACUAAAAUUCAAAUGAGUCGUGGGCCUGGAAUCGGUAUUCGAGGAGGAAGAGCUGAUUCCCACAUAAGUAUUUGUGACAGUCAACUAGACAACAAUUUACAGGGUAUUUUAAUGAUUACCCCAGCACGUUUUUACAUGGAAAAUAAUUGGAUUUCUCAUAACUUGGUUGGUGGUAUUGUGGCCGCCGGAGGUUGUAAUGGAGGAUUGUUGAGAAAUUUAGUGGAAGUUUCACCUCGUGCCAUUGUGUUACAACGAGCAAACGCGAUAAUAGAAGAAAACGUUAUUUCCGAAAAUUUUGGUUGGGGAAUAGUGUGUUGUCUCGGAAGCAACUUAACCUGCAAACAAACAUCGUUUGAAAACAACUAUUGUGGAGGACUUCGUAUCAUUUUAAAUGGCCAAGGAAAUGUUUUGGUUGAGAAAUGUGACUUCAGGAAUAAUCUUGGUCCGGUUGUUUUUCCCUCUAAUGCAAGAGAAAUUUGCCCAUGUGAGUUGCAAUGUAAAGAGAUGUUCACAAGUCCCCAGGAAUCUCCCUUUAUGUUUUACUUACGAAAUUUCCUCGAACUAGUCAAAACUGACAUGUUUGAAUACGCCGAUGAAUUCAAAAGCCCCUUGCUUGUGGAAAACAGAUUUUCGGAUGUUCAUGGUGUUCUCCCUUGGAAACCGCGUGAAAGAUGCUCUGGGUGCUGGAAAGAUCUACAGUCGGUUGGUGAUUUUAUCGAAUGUUCCAGUUGCCUUGUUGCAAGGUACUGUAGCAAGCAGUGCUCUGACACAGCCAGAGGUGUUCAUUCUUUUGUCUGUAACUCUAUUCGUGAAGCAAAUAAGACAUGCCAACCGUUGCGGCUACUGUCCAGAUCACCAAUAAAAGCAGAUUGUCAACGUAAAACAGGCAACUGUUUGUGUGUUAUUACUGCUCUACUCAUUGUGCAUGCUCCAGCAGAAUCUCGCGGGCGUAUCUGUAUAUUAACUUGUCCACUGCGCAACCUUCAUACUGUGCUGAAAUCUGCAGAUUUGUACAGUUUUGUAAUGAUUCAUGGAGUUCCCAUUAAAGAAAGCAUGAUGGACAUCAAGGCAGCUAGUAUUUUGGCAAACUUUGAUCCUGAAUCCCACACCGUCACUGUUUACUGGCAUCGCAUUUUUCCUGUCGACAAAGUACCAAAUGGUUGGAACUGGGUGAACAGAUCAUUAGAUUUGUUUGCAAAAUCCUGUUCAAGGGAAGGCGCGUCUUAA